AUGGCUGAUGCUCAAGCCAGUAACGCGCCUCAGCCAUCCGAGGAUGAUGACCAUGACCAAGAUCAAGACCAAGACCAAGACCAAGAUGAUCAUCAGCAAGGUCCCGCACGGAAGCGCCAAAGAGUGAGGCUUUCAUGUUUAGAAUGCCGCCGCCGAAAACUUUCAUGCUCUAGGGAGUUGCCUUGUGAUCGUUGUAUCAAGUCCGGGACACCCGAGAGGUGUACUUAUGAGUCGAGACCCGGCGUAACAGCGGUCCCUGCAGGCGAGAAACCCACCUUUGCUCAUUCUGCUCUUCCCGUAUCAAUUAGUCCCGACGCCCGCCGUCACUCGGCGAAUCCUCCGUCAACCCGUCGCGAGGUUGAGCCGUCUGUGCUCAGAGAUGCUGUACGUGAUCAUGACAGGAUUCGGCGACUUGAACUCGAGGUUGCCCAACUGAGAAGUGCUCUAUCAAAGCAAGCAUCAAUUGAUGGUAGCACAAUGGUGGCCUCGCCAUCAACCUCGAAGGACUCUGCCAAAGAUGGCCCGUCUGCGCCUUCAAAUCCCACAUGCACCCCGCAAAAUGUCGAGGUGUGUGAAUACGCGAACUUACGAGGGCAUGACUUCAAGACUAAAUACUUUGGCCCGCACAACGCAUGGUCGUCCCUCCAGGAACUUACCGGUAUAUUUCAUUUCAUGAGAGAGACAGCCGAGGAGUGGCUCAAACCCCUCAAUAUUCAAAAGAAGGAUCGCAGAAAGCGAAAGCAGGACCGCGAGAAGAAAUUUACCGAGUCUGACGUUGGUCUAGAGUCACUUCUUCCUUCUAAAGAAGAAACAGAUUCCCUUGUCGCCGUAUAUCUAGAUCAGUUCGAGCAAAUUCAUCGCAUUGUUCACAUACCAACCUUCAAAGCCGAGUAUGAGACAUUCUGGGACCCAUCCAAGACAAACAGCGCCUCGUUUACCGCCCUCUUACUAUCCAUGAUUUCUGUAUCCUGCUGUUUGGAUAUGCAAGCGUCCAACAAAUUUGUAGGCAUUAAAUCUAGCUCGAUUCAGAUGGCUGAGAAAUGGAUCAAGGCAUGUGAUGAGUGGUACUCGCGGCAAAGUCAGAAACACCGCAAACUCGUCCAUUAUCAAAUCGCUUGCCUUCUUUAUCUCGCUAAGCGAGUGAAUCUCAUCAAGAGGAAGCGGUUUUGGACUACAUCUGGUACAAUGAUCCGUGAUAGUCUCAUAGUAGGACUUCAUCAGGACCCUGAUCGUGUGGUAGGGAAAGUAUCCCCAUAUAUUGCGGAGAUGCGACGAAGAAUAUGGGCUACUAUAGUCGAGUUUGACGUCCAGUCAUCAUUUGACCAAGGUCUUCCGACGCUUUUGAGUACAGUACAGAAUGACUGCGACCCGCCUAAAAAUAUAGAUGACGACAGCUUUAACGAAGAUUCCCCGGAAUUGCCUAUUUCACGCCCAGCUCACGAUUAUACAUAUACGUCGUAUCUACAUUUGAGUCGUCAGAGUCUCGCUCUUCGGACGGAACUGAACAAGAUUUUGACUGGACCACCAACAGAACUUGAAUGGGAGCAGGUCCUUCAAUAUAGUGAUAUGAUUACUCACGAGCUCGACCGAUUACCAUCGUGGGAUUCGGACAAUGGAAAAGACCCGGAGCACUCGCGAAAGCCAAUCUUAGCACAUACGUUACUACAUCUCCAACUAAGACAAUAUCUUAUUCCACUUCAUCAACCAUACCUAAAGCUUAGGAAAUUCAACUCAAAGUACCAGGUCGCGGAACUCAUUUAUUAUACUGCGGCUCGAGACAUGGUUAUAAUGCAUGAUCGGCUGUUCCAAAAAGGAAUUCGGACUCUUUAUUUCCUCCGUGAAGAUACAAUGAAUUCGGUCAUCAACCUCUGCAACGUAACAUUACAUCAGCCGAAAGAUUCAUCCAGCCUGGUCAUGUAUAACUCACAAGAGACCCUCCGACUAAUUGAGAGGUGCAUUAUUAUGAAAGAAGACCACGUGCUGAGAUGUGGCAAUAACGAUCCGUGGGGGUACUCGUCAAUGUGCGCGGCUUAUGGGCUUUUAGAGACGCAUAUGGGUAUUAAGACGUCGGAGGCAGCCAAGGCGUCUGCGGCAGAACGGUUUAUCAGUUUGCAUUACAAGCUGCUCGCAUUUCAAAUUCCACCCUAUUCCUCCCAACCACCACAACCUCUUUCGACUUCCUCGCAGACAGGCCAAGACCCAAUUAACCGAGCAAAGGUAUGUAAUAAGCCCUUCUUCCCGGCGUAA